AUGCUGGGCGACGCCAAAGUCCAUGAUUUGGGCGAGACCCUCAGUGGCAACAUCACAGGAGAGGUAAGAGGCAGGGACAGCGCUCAAGAAAUCGUCUCGCAGCAUGACAGGGUCGACAACGAGGGGGAGACUGGCCUCGGUGGUGGUGAUGCACUAGGCACAGACAUCGAUGGAGAAGGCGCUACUUCGAGUCAUUUGGGUGAGGUCUCAGGUCACUCUAGCUACGUCUCGGGUUGCUCAGGCGGCGACCAGCAUCUCGGGUCGCUCGGGUGA